AUGUCGGAUAAAAGCCUAGCACGUAACCUUUUUCCGGUUCGUCCUUCGUCGGAUGGUAGGCCAUCGUCUUUGCCUGACCGUAGUGGCCUUCAACGCAUCCCUCUUACAGGUGGUUCUGUACCAAGAGCCAGGUCAUCACCUUUGCUUGAUCCUAAUGGCCUUCCACGCAUCCCUCUUACAGGUGGUUCAGUACCAGGAGCCAUGUCAUCACCUUUGCCUGAUCCUAGUGGCCUUCCACGCAUCCAUCUCAUAGGUGGUUCUGUACCAGGAGCCAAGUCAUCACCUUUGCCUGAUCCUAGUGGCCUUCCACGCAUCCCUCUUACAGGUGGUUCUGUACCAGGAUCUGGGUCAUCACCUUUGCUUGAUCCUAGUGGCUUUCCACGCGGUGGUUUUGUAUCGGGAGCCAGGUCAUCGCCCGGCCCUAAUGGCCUUCCACGCAUCCCUUUGUCGGGUGGCCUUUCACGUACUUCAGUUAGGACGACAAGGUCAGGAUUCUCAGGGAGUAGUAGCAUGGGUGACAUAAAUACCAACAUGGGCUUGACUGAUGCUAUAGCAGAUACAGGGGUGGUAUAG